CUAGUCCGUACUUUCUUGACUUAGCUUGAACCUUCUGCUAUGACUGAGGUCAAUGACACUGACGGAGCCUCUGGCCUUUGAAACUCGGAAUCGCCUGAAAUUUGUCUUUCCACCUCACCUACUGCUUGUGGUACUUGUGCAUCGAUUAUCGUUACUCGCCUGUCUGUUUCCUGUCUGUUUUCUCUCUUAUUUAGGCCGCGACCCACCAAGGACCGAUACAAACAGCCGAUCGUAUCCUCUCCACCCGGAGAUGUCGGCGUACAUUUGGCUCACCUCUUGCUUCCCUACUACCAUCAUCUUCACUCCUACUACUAUUCACGAUCCUUAUGUCUUCCACUCUUUACCCUCGCUCUCAACACACAGAAAUCUCCUUGGCUAUCAUCCUAGCAUGUCUCGUUCCAGCCAUCGCCUUUGCUUCAUGGUUCGUUCUCCGUACCGCUCGCCUGGCUGGGUGCGGUACAAGAAAACGAAAGCCAAUGGACUUAGAGGCAAGCAAUAUUCGCGUUUUUGCUCUUUUUUGCAUGAUUCUAACCAGGCGAUUCGCAGUCUGUGCAUCCAUAUCCAUUUGCGGUCCACAAGAGUAUAUCGAGACCAAAUCAAGCACACCACAUCGAACACCGUCGCGACAUGCAACCGGUUCUUCGUUCUCCGCCAACAUGCUUGCUUGAUAAAGGAGCCGAGUCACGUGAAGCUACCCUGCCUCCACCUCUGUCCCGCAAAGCCUCUGCGUCCUGGUAUGGAACAGAAGACAUGCAAUCACCCGCUCUCUCUGUCUGGCGCACUCAGUUUCUCGAGGCAGACUGGUGGAAUCUUGCAGAAGAAAUCGUUGGCCCGCAUCCAGACGCGCUGCCUCUUUCCGACAGGAAACCGCUUUCUGUGACGCGCUUCCCUAUGCUGCAACCUCAUGUAAAAGUCGGUCUAGUUCCGAAGAUUCACAUUCAGCCUUCGCCUUCUCCAUCUCCAGCGCGCAAGUACUCUUCACCGAACGAACGCAGACGCCCUUUGAUGUUUACGGCUUUCAAUGGAGCCUUGAAGUGGGAACUCAGAUUUCGCAUGAUUCAGAGCAAGAAAGCUACACUCACAUCCCAGCGGCAUUCAAGACGGCAGGGAAAGGAAAACAAUGCCGUAUGAGGCGUACAAAUGUAUUCUUUUGAAUUCGUAAUUUCAGUUCCUCGAAUAAACUUGUCUUGUCACGGCAUAGAGUAUUCAAUGAAAAUGGAUAUAUAUGUUACAGAGAGAUAAAGAGUAACCGAAAGGGAAAAAAUGCAGAAUUCUGUUCAACUACAAGCCAAGUCCUUUUCUCGCGUUGUCCCGAAUAUACUCGACACACUUAAGUA